UUUUUUCUCUCUUUUUUUCAUUGAUGGUUUAAAGAUGAAAAUAAAGACAAAGUAAUUAGACUUUUUAAUUGACUAAUUAAGCUAAUAUGAUGAUUAUUUAAGUGUCCAUUGUAUUCGUUUGGUCUGUAAACAACUUGGUGACAAUUUUCCUCAUUUCUAGUGAUCAUUUAAAUUCACUAGUUAACUAAUUGUUUUUGCUCCUCUUCAUCUUUGCUCUGAUUUGAUUUUCUCUCUUCCUCUCUCUCUCUCUCUCUCUCCUUUUCUCUCCUUUUCUCUCAAUUUUUUUUACAUCUUUAUCUCUCACUUGCUCUUUCUAUCUUUUCCCAUUCUUUCCCAUCAUUUUCUCAGUCUUGUCUACCUUUUCUCUGUGAAUUUCAUUCACAGUCCAUGUUAAUUUACUCUCUUUACACCUUGUUCUUGUGGCUGCAACCAAGUGUUUCUAUUGCCAUUUUCCUGCUACUCCUCCUUUUUUUCCUUCUCCUCCUUCAAUUUCUCUCUCCUUUUGUUCAUUAAUUUCAUCUCUAGGAAUAAAUCAUUUUAGAAGAAAAGAUUGUAUUUAAGGAGAAUCUGGUCAAUGGAGUCCAUGGCACUGAUCCGUUAUAUUAAAAAUUCUCGUAAUACCGAGACUUUGAUUGCUGGUGAAUUUAUGUUCCGUAAAAACAAAUGUCGAGAUGAAAAGGUUUAUUGGAAAUGUCGGAAAUCUGGUUGCAAUGCAAAGAUAACCACUCACAAUGGUAAAGUUGUGGGCUAUUUUUUGAAACAUAAUCAUGUUGAUAACAAUCACGAUGAAAUUGUUCGUCUAGAGGGUUUACACUCACGAAAUAAUCAACCUCAGGUCACUCAAGUAGAAAAUGUGAUACAUCAAGAAAUUGUUACUCCAGAGGAAUCUUUUGUUGAUUAUUCAUUUGCUGUUGAAAGUAUUGUUGCACCAACAAGUGAUGGAGGUGAUGCUGGAACCAUUGUUGCUGAAGUUGUACAACGAAGGGUUGAUGAAUUAAAUGGUAUUAAAGGUCCAAAUGGUGACUUGACAACAAGUGAGACAACUGUUGCUGUUGCCACAAUUGAAGAUCCUGAAGCGGAAGCCGAUGCUGCUACAUCAUCAUUGACCAUUAUGUUUAAAGAAUUCAGUGAAUCCCAGAAAAAGAUUGAACAAUUGGUUACCAAUCUUGUAUCUCCUGGUGAGAGUGAUGAUUUACAAACAGAGAAUAUUAGAUUAAAGGAACAAUUGGAAGAAACUGUUCGAAAGUGUAAAAAUGAUCUGGAAGCCAAAGAGAUCGCAAUACAAGAGCAAAAAAAUCGAACGGAAACUCUUGAGAAAGAGAUGCAAAAUCGUUUAGCAGUUGAAAGAUCGAUUAAGGAAAAAUUAGCCGAUGAAAAUACAGAAUUAAAAUUGAUUGUUGAACACUAUGAGAAGAAAAUCAAAGAAAAUGUCCAAAGAAAUUUUUUAUUCCAUUAAGUGUUUAAUCAUCAACAACAAGAAGACGAAAACAAGUUAAAGAAAAACCAUCACCACUACCACAACAAACACCACAAUCACCUUUCCAGAUAAUUUGUUAUUAUGUGAUAAUUAAAUUAACUAAAUUGUGUACAAAAGCUUAAAAGGAAAAAGAGAAAAAGAAAACCUCACAAUACCAGAGACCAAUGAGAGAGGCAAAAUUAGAGAGAAAUGAAUAAUCACAUUGAUUCUCAGCAUCUUCUCUUCAUUUGGACAUUUUUUCCUCUUUCCAGAUUAAUCUCUCCAUCUACAUCAUCACCAAUAUCCUCAUAACUAUAAUAAUAAUCAUCACUCGUCAUCACAAUCAUCAUCAUCAUCAUCAUCAUCACCAAAACCACCUCUAAAACCACACACACACACACAUAGAGAAUACUGAAAACAAUUAUAAUUGAUCAUCAUCGUCGCUCCUUUUAUACAUAAACACAUAUAAAUAUGAAUUCUGACAUUUGCAUGAGAGCAUAAGAAUUAUGGAAGAAAAUUUAAAUUCUAAUUUAAGAGCAAUAAUCCUGCUAAUCAUCUCAAAUCAAAUCAUUUGGUUUCUUCUUUCCUUUGUCCAUCCUAACACCUCAUAUACAUUAACAUUUGCUUCCCGAAAGCGAGCAAUAAUAACCCGAUUUAAUUUAGUUAAUCCUUUUUUUUUGAGGUGCCAUCAAUUUUGGUCAAACCAACAUGUAUAACUAAUUUCCUCCUAAUAUGUUUCUCAUGGAAUCAACAAUUAACAAGGGAAAAAAACGAUAACCAUGUAAUAAUAUGUCAUGAUUGAAGAAGAAGAAAAAAAAAUCGAAAAUAUUCCAAUACAAUCAUUUUUUUUUCUUCUCACAAAA